AUGAAAGCCGUUCUUGUGCGAACCGGUUCAGUGCCGGUCCUAUCUUCGUUUGUGUGCGGUUCACCGAGAGUGUCUCUCUCCGUUCACGACUCGAUUUCCGGUGAGAAAAGCCACGUUUCUUCUCCGAAGAUUGGUCUGCGUUUGGAGGUCAAUCGUCGGAGCGUUAUGCGAAGGGCUUUGUCGGAAACAGAUGUUGUCAGAUUGGAAAGUGAGGCUUCCGAUAAGUUCUCGAAGUUGAGCGGCAUCGGAUCGCUGUCUUUUCCGGGGAAAAUACCGGAGGAAGAGUAUGUAGAAAGCGAAGAUGAGGUGGUUUUUAGAGGAAUUGGAUCUUUGACUUUGACGGGGAGAGAUUUUGAUCGGAGGAAUUACAAAGAAGAUUGGCCUGCAAGUGCGAUUCCGGUUGAAGAACUAGGAUUUCCAGGCGUUGGAGGUGGUAAAAACCGGAAUUCUGGCGGUCGCGGCGAUAGUGAUUGUGAACUCGGAACCGGUGGUGGAAACUCCGAUCAGAGCAAGAUCGGUGCAUAUUAUCAGGAGCUGCUAAAGUCAAAUCCUACGAAUCCUCUGCUGCUUAGAAACUAUGGAAAAUACUUGCAUGAGGUGGAAAAAGAUACGGCUAAAGCGGAAGAGUACUACGGUAGAGCUAUAUUGGCGAGUCCUGGAGAUGGAGAAGUGCUAUCAUUAUAUGGAAAAUUGAUUUGGGAGACACAGAGAGACGAAGAUAGAGCCAAAUCAUACUUUGAUCAGGCUGUUCACGCCUCCCCUGAUGACUGUACGGUGUUGGGAUCGUACGCGCACUUCAUGUGGGAAGCAGAGGAAGAGGAAGAUGAAGAUGAAGAUGCGGAAGAAAUAGAGAGAAAGGGUGAACAGUCGGCGACCAUGGUUGGAGCUUUCUAG